AUGUCUAUUGAAACGCUAAUGCAGAGCAAGAGAAAGAAUGAGCACGAAAGAGUCACAGAUGCCCUCAACGCCACACGUGCGGCCGUAGAGGAAGGCAUCGUUCUCGGGGGUGGCUGCGCGCUGCUCCGUUGCAUACCGGCGCUCGAUAACUUGACUCCGGCCAACGAGGAUCAGAAGACUGGCAUAGACAUCAUCAAGAGAACACUAAAAAUCCCAGCAAUGACCAUUGCUAAGAAUGCUGGUGUCGAAGGAUUCCUGAUAGUAGAGAGAAUCAUGCAGAGCCCACCUGACAUCGGCUAUGAAGCAAUGCUUGGCGACUUCGUAAAUAUGGUGGAGAAAGGCAUCAUUGACCCCACAAAGGUUGUCAGAGCCGCCUUAAUGGAUGCCACCGGAGUCGCUUCCCUUCUGUUGACAGCUGAAGCCGUGGUGACGGAAAUCCCCAAAGAGAAGGAAGCGGCCAUGGGAGGGAUGGGGGAAGGCAUGGGAGGGGGCAUGUUCUAA